AUGCCCAACUCGGCCACCGUCUCGUUCAUGUACCCCUCGGGGGCGUUCGACAUGAAAUACUUCACAGAAAAGCACAUGCGGCUCAUUUCAGACACCUGGGGAUCCGAGGGCCUGGAGAGCUGGGAGGUCACGCAGUUCGACUCCGGGCUGCCGUACAUGGUCCAGGCGAUGCUCAAGUUCGAGUCCGAAUCAAAGUGGAAGGCCGCUUCGUCGGGGCCCAACGGCAUGAAGAUUUGGAACGACCUGCCCAACUUCACCACUGCGCAGCCCGAAAUAUUCAUGGGCAAGUGUGCGGCGUCUCAUAGGACGACGCUCAAGGAGAAGAAGAUUUUCGGGGAGUGA